AUGGCUUGGGUAGACCUAAACGAAAGUGUCCCUGAUCUGAAUGAAAAUGUUCCUGAAAGCUCACAAUAUAGAUUAAUAACUGAUGGACAAGAAGUUAUCGUUAACCCCCCUAGUGUAGGGAUGUGUUUUACAACGGGCCAUGAGUUUUUCGAAUUUUGUCAGUUGUAUGCCUUCAAAGAAGGAUUUGAGAUGUUUAUCAAAAGUAAUAAGCUGAAAAAAGAGUACAAAGAAAAGGGAGUAUCUAAGUCUGGUGUGGGAAAGUAUGAGGCAAAGCCGCAUAUGAUGGAACUUAUUAGAUUAAAAUGCAAGAAGGGAGGGGUGAAAAAAGGUGUUGGGUCUAAUGUGACCGGUUGUAAGAUGAAUAUUUACGGUGUAAGUAGAGAUGGGCUAUUUACUAUAUUGACUUGUGACUUGCAACACAUUCAUCCUUUAAAUCCUGACUGUAGUAGACUGAUGGUUAAUUAUAGAUGUAUAGACGGUACUACAUUUAAGAGGGCGAUGAUCAAUGACAUGGGUGGUGUUAGCAUAAGUAAGAACUUUGGUACGCAUCUAAUUGAAAAGGGAGGUUAUGAAAAUAUUACAUUUAAUAAUAGAGACUUGAGGAACGCAAUCAACGUCGAACGUCGUUCAUCAAGAUUUAGUGCUGCAGAUGCCGCAGGACUCGAUGCUUACUUUAAGGCACAACGUGAUUUGCAUCCCGAGUUUUAUAGCUCAAUACAAGUAGAUGAUGAUGGUGUUUUUACGAAUGCAUUUUGGUCGGAUGCACGUAGUAGGGGUACAUGCAAAUAUUUUGGGGAUGUUAUUACUUUUGAUACUACUUUCGCAUGCAACCGGUAUCGGAUUCCAUUUGCUCCAUUCAUUGGUGUAAACCAUCAUGGCAAAUCAAUUAUAUUUGCUGCGGCCUUAAUUUCCCAUGAAAAUACUCCCUCAUUUGUUUGGGUAUUUGAAGAAUUCCUGAAGUGUAUGGGGAAGGCACCACUAGGCAUCUUAAACGACCAAGACAAAGCAAUUUGUAGAGCAAUUGAGCUAGUCUUCCCGGGCGUCCGUCACAGACUAUGUUUGUGGCACAUGCUCCAGAAUGCUAGUAAGAACCUAGGUAGUCUCAGUGAUUGGAAGAAAAUAGACACCCUGAUCAGAACUGCAAUACAUGAUCUGAUUGAUCCAGAUGAGUUCGAUGAAGCUUGGUGUCAUGUGAUGGAUGAGUACGGUUUAAGGGGUCCUGGGUGGAUGAAGGACGCCUAUGUCUUCUACACAAAGGAGUGA